UUGGAAAAGCAACCCAGGCAAACCAAUUGAAGGUACAGUUUUUUAUUAACAGCUGGAAUAAUUUCUUCAUAGCGUAGUUUUUUGGUGACGCUGGGGUCCGUAAAGAGACGUUUGCCCGCACUGACAGCUGGUUUUUCGGAUUGCCCCCACGAAGUUCAGCGAGCCAGCUGAGAUGAGCGGACCAGAGGUUGCCAACACACCGGGAGGCGGAGCUCCAGGAAAGGAAGGGAAGGAGCCCGUGGCCAAUGGGCACGCAGGAGAGAGCCCCGACGCCAACCCGUUCGCUGAGUACAUGUGGAUGGAGAACGAGGAGGAGUACAACAGACAGGUGGAGGAGGAGCUGCUGGAGCAGGACUUCUUGGAGCGCUGCUUCCAGGAAAUGCUGGAGGAGGAAGACCAGGACUGGUUCAUCCCUUCACGUGACCUCAACAACCAGGGAGUCGGGCAGCUUCAGCAGCAACUCAACGGGCUGUCGGUCAGCGAUCACCACAGCAACGUGGAGGAGGUUGCGAGGAAGAGCGUCUUGAAUCCCGAGGCGAAGGAGUUCAUCCCGGGAAAGAAAUAUUAGGAGUCCCCCUCCCCCCCACGGAGCCUCCAUGCACACAUGAGCCCUCGCACACUCUCAAAGACUUACGGCCAUGGCCACACACACUUCUCUCUCUCACACACACACACACACACAUAAACACACACACAAACAUCUGAAGUCAGUGGCGUGCCGGCAGGCCCAGUUGGGGGGUGAGGGGAUUUAUUUUGUUUUUGUUUUUUUCCUCUUUAAUCUUUUUUUUUUUUGUUUCUUGUAAACUGAGGGACACUGUUAAUGGGGCGGGGCGGGGGUGGGGGGGUGGUACCAGCACCACCCUGCUGCAGGCGCUGGCUUCAUCACUGCAGUUCAGGUGACAACUGUUGGCGUUUCCAAAGCACGCAGAUCUCAGCGUGGUUCCCUUUGCACUGUGGCAGCUACCCGGGAGAAGACGCCAGGUCAAACCGUUCACAGCUCAGAUUAACUCUGAUUAAACGCGACCCUUUUUUUAAAACUUAUCGGGGAACAAACGACGCCAGCUGGUUGAGGGGUUUCUGUAACAGCGAGGAUAGAGGGGGACAAACAUUUGAAGGGGGUUUCGCCGACUUUCUGCCCACUGCUUUGGAAACUCGUCGUUCAAAUGAAUUCACGUUUCGACGCUCCUGGUGACAUCACCACCCCUCGUUUUUUAAUUUUUAUUUUAUUUGCAGCUGCAGCGACUCCGUUCCAAAAAAACCAAAUCACAGACCUUCACCCUGCUUGGUGAUUUAGUUACAGAUGAAUUAUGUUUUUGUGUCCAGCGACAGAGAGCGGAGGUGGCUAAUGUUGAAAUCAUGCAUCGAGUUGGAUCUGAAGUAAUCUUAAAGUUCAGUUUAUGUUUUCGUGCUCGCAGCUUCGUCUAUUGGGUUUUGUUACAGAGGGGGCGGGGCAGGGGGGGUGUUUGGUCUGAGACGCAGCCACUGCUGCUCAAUUUGUUUAGCAUCAGAACCAAGUGUCCAUAUCCAGAUAAAAAGUUGUCAGAUUUUAUUUUAUUUUCUACAGGUUUUGUGUUUUUCAGGAUGGGUUGUUGGUUUCUACCGGGGAUCGUCCAUUCAGUCCGGUUAGCGUGGGCCCUGUGGUUUUUGUCCCCUCUUAAGGACAGAUAUUUCUCUUUUUUUAUUUUUUUAAUGAGGGAGUUCUACUUUUAAACCAUAAUUCUUUGUGGUCUGGGUUUUCUAAUUUGCGAGCUUACUACUUGUUUAAAAAAAAAAGCUGUGAGAAACUUAAACAGAUUCAGUAUUGUCAGAUUUUCUCAUUUGUGGCAUCGAAACAAUUUAAUUUAACUUGUCCUGACGUUAAAGCAGACCCUCAGACACGAACUGACCCGGGUCCAGGUUUUGGAGGUCUUGGUUUAAAGGGGGAACUUCCUCACACACCAGUGUUGGACCACAGCUGUCGAAUGGCUCCCCGGAGAAGCCGAUGAGGGAAUGUCCGCCAGGUGGAUUGUACAACAUGAAAUCAUUUUUGGUGAUUUUUGUUCGACUUAGACGACAGAAGCUGUUUUAAAAGAAAAAAAAAAGAUUCUUCCGAAGACACAGUAUAAAUUUCAGUACAAAUAAAAAUAAUGAAAAAAGACAAAUAAAGAUGUAAAAGACAAAA